AUGCCUUCUGAGGAGUUUCAGGCUCUUUUGGACUCGACCAUGGCAGGGUCCAUCCAGCGGGCCAUUGCGUCCGCCAUGGGGUUGAUGUCCUCUUCUAUUUCCCAGACCCUGGCCCAAGCCUUGUUUAUACCCAAGAGGUCGCAUGCUAAUAUGGUCACGGCAGAUAAGUCGGCGCCAACGGCACGCAAAGCCACGUCCAAGACAAAACACAUAUCCCCUCACUUAAUGAAUCAGGCCUUGCCUGAAUUGACUGCUAUGCUCGAUGCGGUCCCAGGUGGCGCGAUACCGCGCAAAAGAGCCACUGGUCGGGCAAAAGCGACCAGAAAAUGA